AUGUCUCAAUUAGCAUCUUCAAAUAAUGUUGCAGGAGGAGGUACUGAAAAGAAGGCUAUAAAAAAGCCUUUAAAAAAGGCUUCAACCAAAUCAUCAAGUCAAUCAUUGGAAAUUAAAAAGAAAACAUCAACUAGGAAAUCCAAAGCAGCAUCAACAACAUCUAAUAAUGAUCAUGAUGGGUUUCUUGAUACAACAGCAACAACAACAACAUCAAAUGUAGUUAAAAAACCUGGAACUUGGUGGUUUUGGUAUUAUAAACAAGCCCUCGCAACUGGAAGUGAAAUUCCUAAAUUUACAAUUCAAGGAAGAAAAAGUUUAUUAGGAUUAAUAUUAGGAAAUAGAAAUCAAUUAUCAAGUGAUGAAUUAACAAAAAGCCAUUGUUUAAUUUUCUUUCCAAAGGCUGAUCACUCAACUGAUCAAUUUACAACUUCUUUAUUACAAUCAUUUAAAUCAUCGGUAGUAUUAUCAAAACAACAAAAGAAUAUUCAUAUUUUUAUUACUUGUCCAAGUUUGGAAACAUUUGAUUUGAAUACUAAAAAUGUUCCAUCUGGUAUUAAUAUUUGGGCAGAUUUAAAUGGUGAAAUUGCAAAUUUAUUUGGAAUGAGACCUUUAAUUCAAGAUAUUAAUUUGGAUGAUUUAUUAUCUGAUGAAAAAAAGAAGAAUACUUAUUCUAAACAAACUAUUAUUGGAAUGUUUUUCACUUUGGAUAAAAAGAUUGUAAAAUCACCUGCUUUUCAACCAAAAUUACAAACUGUUACUUUGGAUAUUAUAAAGAGUAUUUAUGAUUUUAUGGAUAAAUCUCAAUAUAAUUUUGCUAAAAUUACUAAUAAGGAUUCAUUGGCAUCUGAUUUGAGUGAAAAUGAUUUGAAAACUCUUCAUGCAGCUGCCUAUAAUGAUUAUCAAAGAGAAUUAAAACAAAUGGAAUCUGAUUUGAAUCCAUCAAAGAAAUCUACAAGUAGUAGUACUAAUAAGAAAAAGACUACAACAUCCAAAACCAAAUCAAUUAACAAGAAUACACCAACAAAAGAACCACCCCAACGUUAUUCAAAGCUUUGA